AUGGGGGAGCUCAAUACAGGUGAUGGGAGUCCUGUUGGAGAUGAAGAAAUAGAUUUGCUGAGUAAGCAUCUUAAUUACAUGUUCCCGAAUAUGAACACAGAAAAGCUUGUGAAAUCAGAGACCAACAAGGUCAAGGAAUAUAUUGUAUGGCUUGAAAAUCAUUGCCGCCAAAGACAAUAUUCAUUUCAAAUAAAGAAAUGUGGGAAUCCAGAUUGUUGCAGUCCAGCAACACUCGAUCUAUCCUGGCUACCAGAUCCUGUACUAGAUGAGAGUAAAGAGCACUAUCAGCCUUUCGAUGAAUUGUAUGGUCAAGAUACAACUGACAGUGACCGCCCAACUUUCCAGAAACCCAAAGAAGGCAAAGCAUCAAAGGUUAAUAAUGCUAAAGGCACUAAGCUAGCUCCAAAUUCAAUUACCCCAAAUUCAAUUACCCUUCUACCAGACGACAAAGAUCUAAUAGGUGAUGCCUCCUUGUAUACAGGACAGAAUGCCAGAUCUGCUGUAGAAUGUGUAGAAUGCCUCAAACCAAGAAUUGUUUACUCUAACAUGAGACUGAAUGGACGAACAAAAAUGCAGUUUGCCAUGUUACUUUCAGAGCUUGAGUAUACGUGUGGUUCUCCAUUGACCACUCCAGGUGACAGUCUUCAUGGGAAAUUGUUAUUGUUCAGAAUUGAAUAUAGAUUU